AAAGCCGCCCGCCCGCCCCGUCGCCGCGACCGCGAGGGCACCAGAAAGCCGAGAAUCCACCCAAACAAUUCUCUGUUUCUCCUGUUCGCUGCCUCCUCAUUCCUGAACCCCUCCCCCAAGUAUACGAGUCACAUCCGCAUGGCCUCCCGGGUCACGAGGCUGCUCCUGCACCGCCGCCUCACCACCGCAGCGGAAGCCUCCGCGCGCCGCGCGCCGCAGGCUCCCUGUGCCGGCGCCGCUGUCUCCAAGGAUGUUGUUAAGGCUGAAGCUUCAUCUUUGAAAAAUUCAAGGUGGCACAUUACUAGGUCAAACACUUCAGGUCCUUUGACUACUCGUUAUGAGUGCCGCAAAGUAUUUCCUUGUUCUGUAAGGCCAUCUGCAUCUUACUCUACACAAGCUUCAGACCAGAAGGGAAAACAGGAAGGGAAAGACUUGUCAAAUGUAGAACACCCCUUUGAUGAUAUUACCUACAAUAUACCUGAGAAGCCAGUGACAUUUACUGAAGGUGCUUCUUAUAGUCUUGUAAUACUCGCCGGGCUCGGAAUUGCAGGACUGGCUGGAUAUGCUGUGUUCAAAGAGCUUAUAUUUGAGCCAAAAGAGUACAAGAUAUUUGGGAAAGCUCUAGCAAGAAUUCAGAGUGAUAGUCAGGUCACGUCAAGGAUUGGCCACCCUAUUACUGGAUAUGGCCAGGAAACUAGAAACCGUGCAGCUCGGCAAAGAAUUCCAAAUAAGAUUUGGACAGAUGAGGAUGGUGUUGAACAUGUGGAGGUGAACUUUCUCAUCCGUGGGCCACAUGGAGCUGGAAAAGUGUAUUCAGAGAUGUUCAAAGACACUGAUCGGACGUGGAAGUUCACAUACCUUGUUGUUGAUAUCGUGUCACCACCACAUGCAAAAACACAACUGAUGUUAGAAUCUUACUUACCAGCAUAAGGAUGCAGGAAACAGAGGCAGUUAGCAGUGCCAUGACAUCUCCGAGAUUUUGGCACAAAUGGGAAGCUCUGAUAGAAGUGGCUAAACUGGGGAUUUGUGAACAAGUCUAGGCAAGUUGGGAAUUUAGGAACAAGAUUGUCAUAAUGUACUACCAUCAAACCAGUUUUGUGGAGUAAUAAACGGUUCUUACAUUACUAGAAGCAUAUCUGAAAAUGUUUCGAUGUUUCUUUUAGUUACGGGGAAAACCCCUGCAUGCCUGGAUGAGGGUAUUUUUUGUUAGUUCUCAUGAGUACCUUGUAUCGUCCAAAUACGUGGGCUAAUCCAGCAAGUCAUCUUUUGUAAAAUC